UUGGCAGAUAUAAGCGCCUCUACCUACAUAAUUAAGAAACUCACGGGUCGAUAUUCCGUACAUCAACAUAUUCUUGUUGAGUGCUGUCAGUUUCCUUUGGUCCUGUCAGCUGGUGUAGAAGGGGAGAGUGGAACGAUAAAAAUGUCGUUCGCCGAGAAAAUAUCAUCGAUUAUGCAAAGACCAGGACAGGACCCUGUUGCCAAGGACGAUGUAUCUUGGUGGAUGAAGUAUGCUGGUCGAGGACUUGGUACCGUGGGUAGUCUAAUUGCAAUUUUUCUUGGAGCAUGGAAUUGUGCAUCAAUAUUAUGGGGUUCUAUAGAUUGCCUGAUUAGCGGUAUGUGGCAAAUGGUAGCUGGUUUUAUAGUUGUAACAAUAGAAGCACCAUGUUGCUGUCUAUUUAUUGAUUUUGUACAAAACUUAAGUAAUUGGGUGGAAAACAGACCAUAUUGGAAUAGAGCAGUUGGAUAUUGUUUAAUAGCACUUCCUCCAGUCUUCCUUUGUACAGGAAUGAGUAGCCUAUUUGGCAGUGGUCUAAUAUUUGCAACAGGUGUAAUAUAUGGACUAAUGUCACUUGGACGGAAGGCACCUCUAAGUGAAAUGAUGUCAGAAGCGAAGAAUAUUGAGGUUCCUUCAUCGAGUAUGCAAGCUACACUUGUUGAAAAUGCUCAACCAUUGGGUUUCUCCAAUAGACCAGAUAGUAACGUUUAAAUUUAAAAAAUUAAUUGGCAAAAUAAUUCAUUUUCUGGUAUGAAUGGUGAUGAAUGUUGACUCAGUAAAAUAAACAACAACUA